UAUCGCCCAGGCGUGUGGGACGACCCGAUGGACGGUAUACUAGGAGGAGGCAUGCGUUAUGGGGGAACUGCCAGGCGAUUUGACGAAUACUACCGAUGCUAUCCGGUUGUGAUGCUGCCAGGGCCCGAGAGAGAAAAUGUGAACCAUGGAGGCAAAGUUAUAAUGCCCCCCAGUGCGCUCGACAAAUUAACCCGCCUACAUAUCACAUACCCGAUGCUGUUUGAGCUACAUAAUGGCGCUAAGGAAAAGAUGACCCAUGCGGGUGUUUUGGAGUUUAUUGCAGAGGAGGGCAAGAUUUAUCUUCCUUUCUGGCUCAUGCAAACACUUCUCCUCGAGCCAGGCGAUCUAAUCCAGGUCAAGUCAACUGAUCUCCCACCAGGCCGAUUCAUCAAACUUCAGCCACAGUCAACGGCGUUUCUUGAUAUUAGCGACCCCAAAGCAGUCCUUGAAAAUGCAUUUCGGAACUUUUCCUGUUUGACACAAGGCGAUGUCUUCACUUUUGCCUACAACGACCAGGUUUACGAAGUUGCAGUGCUGGACGCGAAGCCAGACGGCGAGAAAAAGGCCAUUUCGGUGUUGGAAACGGAUCUAGAAGUCGACUUUGCACCUCCUGUCGGCUACGAGGAGCCCAAACGUCCAAGUGGCACGAGUACACCGCAGGUUCCCCCCAGUGGAUUAGUCCACUCGCAUGGAGGCAUGGCUCAGGCAAUCAACUAUGCGGCCAUUGCCCCCGAAGCGACCGAUGCUGCCAAGGGAGCCAAAGCUGCGUCUUCCAACUUCCUUACGGGUGGACAUCGGUUGAAUGCGAAGAAGAGUAGCAAAGCACCAACUCCACAGCCCAGCACUCCUGUUGCCGGGAAGUCGACAAAUCCUGAGCAUCCAGCUCCACUCCGACGAACCAACGGGCCGCAACCACUGCGGCUGGCCCCGAACAAACUCUUCUUUGGAUAUGCCAUUAAACCAGUACCGAAGCGUGACGAACAGGGGAAAGUGAUCGAGGAAGAAGACAAUCAGCCCAAAUUUCAAGGCCAGGGGCAGACUCUCCGAGCGCGGAAGAAGGGACUUGGAGAUUCCGGCACGCCAACAUCGGAUAGUGAUGCCGGACGGCCAUAG